CUGGGCUCGACGCCAUCCGUCUCGUCUUCAUCUCUGCCGCCCGUCCGCCCGUCCGUCGUUCAUCUCAUCUCAUCUGGUGGGGGGGUAUUGCGUCGUGUAGGGGUUGACGUAUGCGUCGUACGACCGGUCGCGCAGAGUGGCGCCACCACCUCCGGCACCAGCACCAGCACCCGACCGGUGCAGAGCGCGAUGGAGACGCCUUUCCAGGCCCCUGGCGAUCUGUGAACACACACAGACACGCACAUCAUGUGGUCGUGUGCGUCGUGGGGGGAACAUUUCUUUGCAAACGCCGACGUGAGUGAGUAACCUGUUUCAUUUGUGCGUUGAGGAGUGUCUGGUUGUUCUCUGCCCGAAUGGCGCUGGUGUUGUCGUCAUGCUGCCGCGCGCGGCGUGCCGCGACAUCCCAUUCCUCCAUCUCCUUGUUCCACCGCUGCAGACUCGACAGCUCUAAACGGCCGGCCACACACACAGACAGGGGUGAGGGAGGGGUGAGCGAUGGGGAACAGCGGUGCUCGCCUCGCCUCGCCUCGCCUCGCCUCGCCUCGCCCACCUGCCUCUACAAGCUCCCUCAUGCGCUGUUCGUAGCCGUCCCGAUCCAUCAGCUGCCGCUGCAACCUGCACAUGGUUAACCAUAUAUAGCCUGUCUGGUCCGUUUGUGUCUCGCUGUGCCGGUCUGGUGCGGUGCCGACCUGGCGAUUUUGCCCUCGUAUUUGGCCCUGAGUUUCUCGAAUCGCUCGGCCACGCGGCCGUCGACCAGCUUGGCGUAGUUCUCCUCCCUCUCGCGCUCGGCCACUUCCACACGCUGAUGCAUUCACAGACGCAACACACACAGAAGAGAUGGGCAUAUGGGGUGCAGCGGCCCUCCAGCAGCCUGUCCUGCCCUGCCCUGCUCACCUUGAGCUCCUCCCGGAUGCGCACGAGGUCGGCCGUCUCCUAAAUGAAUCAAACAGAGGUGAAUCAUGGAUGGAUGGAUGGAUGGAUGCGGCUGCAUGUCAUGUCGUCUCUCGUCCGAUCUGCCUGCCUGCCUGCCUGUGUGUUGUGUGUUUGUGUGCCCUCUGGACCUUUUUGAGUUCUGCAAUGGUGGCGUCCUUGCUCCUGGCGAGCUUCUGCAACUUGUAGCACGUCCCCUCCAGGUCCUGCAUACACACACACACACACACACCUCUUGCAUUGCAAUGGCCCCCACCUCCUGUCUGUGUCCUCCCCCAUCCAUCCAGCCAGCCAGCCAGCCAUCCAGCCAGCGACCCAUACAUACUCGUCUGUGGUGGUCGAGGUCGAGUUUUUCGCGCAUGAGCCGCUGUUUGUCGUCCUCCAGCUGGACGGCUCGGGUGGCGGCCGUCUUCAUCUCCGCCAACCUGUUGGAACUCUCCAGCAACUCUCGCUCCAGACGGAUGCGGCCAUUGACGGCGUCCUGACACGCGCACACACACAUACACACACAAGACAAUCCACCCAUCCCGAGGCAUGCCAUCUCUGUCCUGUCCAUGUGUGUGUAUGCGUGUGUGUACCUGCAGGCUGGCCGUGAGCCGCUCCCGGUCCAGUUCAAGCUGUCUACGCGCCUCGUCAGACUCCUGAACGAAGGAAACUUUGAAUGAUGUGAACACGACACUGCUGCCUGCCUGCCUGCCUGCCUGCCUUUGCCCUGUGUGUGGUUAAGGUACCUACCUGCAGCUGUUUGAGCGUGUAGCGGAGGUCGGCGUUCUCGCGGGUCAGUGUCACCAGCCGCUCAUGCGCCUGUCGUGUCAGUGGGCGGACAUAUCAACAGGGAGGCACAUCCAGCUGGCAACACACAUAUAGAUGAGCUCACUGAGCUUCAGUCAUCUCACCUGCGAUCGUUCCGUCCGCAGUGUCUGGAUAUUCUGUUGGUAGACCUCACACUUGGCGCGGAACUCGGCCGCCUCCUCAUACUGCGCCCGCACCCCACCCAGCUCCUCCUGCAACACAAAUGCCAUCGAUGCAUCCAUCGAGGACCAACAUACGUAGAUGAGUGUCGUCCAUAACGUGACAUGACAGAGACCGACCUUGACAGCAGUGAGCUGGGUGUCGGCGGUCCUGAGGCGCUCCAGCUCGGCCUGUGCCUCCUCGAGCGAGCCCCGGACCUCUGUCAGCUCGGUGUGGGUGGUCUCUAGGCGCGUCGCAGUGGUCUGCAGAGCCUCCUCGAGCUGGGUCCUACACACACAUACACUCGAGGUGAAAGGGAGGGUGGUGCAUGUGGUCUGCAGAAAGCCAGACCGACCUACCUGGCCUCCCUCUCGUCGAGGAGUUCCUGCUCUAUGGCCCCGAUCUGGGUGUCCUUCUCCUCAAGCGCCAGCUGGUGAUCACGAGCCAAGGUGUCCUUGAAGCUCUCAAGCCGAGUCGUUGCUGCCGCCUCCUGCUCCUGCACUCACUCACACCACACACACACACAUGGAUCCCUUGAGCAGACAGGACAGGCUCAUUUCUCGCGUCCCCGCGCAGCCCGCCCCGCGUACGUUGACUUGGGUGUCCUUUUCCUGCAGCCGCUGCUGGAGGUGAGUGCUCUCGGUGGACAGCUCACUGAGGCGGUUCUCGAGGUCUGUGAUGGCAGAGUCCUUGGCUGCGAUGGCCUCCUCCUUGGCAGCGAUGUCGUCACGGCACUUCUGUAGCUCCUCCCGCACGUCAGCAAGACCGUCCAGCUCCUCCUCGGCCGCUCGCUGCAGCUCAUCCAUCUCGUGCUCUGCAAAACCGUGAGUGACAACAUACAUCAACCACAAAGGCAGCAAGGAAGGGAUGGAUGGGAGAUGGAGGCACUGAUAGGAUAGCAUCGAAUCGAUGUGCGGAACGGACCGAGCUCUCUGGUGCGUUCCUCAAGCUUGGCGAUGGUGUCGUCCUUCUCGGCCAGCUGUGCCUGGUCGCUGUCGAGGGCCUCGGCAGCCCGUGUGAGCUCCCUCUCAUACUCCUCCUUCUGCUCCUCCAGCUCCUCUACACGCCGCCUCUGACCACACAAUUAAGUCAGAUCACACACCCCCACAAGACAACGAAACACCCAAACAACACAACACACCAAUUCACUCACUGCAAACCUGCAGAGGGAUGAGUGUCCUGUUCGCUUCUUCUCCUCUGCCAUUUCAUUCAUCAUGUGGUAAGUGGCUUUACCUCUUCAUCGAGUUCUUCCCUGAGCUCCUCGACGGCCUCCCUGACGCGCAUCAGGAAGGCCUGGCUGUUGGGGUCCAGCUCCUCGCCGCCCUCGCCCGUCUGCGUCAGCUGAGCCAU